AUGGAGGAUCUCAGAGAUCCGCGCUUCAAGGUCCAGUAUGCGCUGUGGCAUCGACGCUUCAGCACCAACACGAUGCCCCGCUGGCCUUUGGCGCAGCCCUUCCGUUACUUGGGCCACAACGGAGAGAUCAACACCAUCCAAGGCAACUACAAUUGGACCCGGGCGCGCUCGGGCUCCUUCGAACAUCCCAACUUCGGCUAUCGCAUGCGCGAGGUGCUGCCUCCCUGCCGCGCCGAGAACAGUGACUCCGGAAAUAUGGACUGUUACUUGGAAUUGAUGCUUCGGUGCAACCGAGAGCUGCCUGAAGCUUUGAUGAUGAUGAUCCCAGAAGCCUACAAGGACAGUACUCGAUCACUUGCAGCUGGGGAUCAUCACACACCACCCAUGCUGCUCACAACGGAUCGUGAGCUCCGCUGCGCGAGCGACUUUCGUGCACCCUGGGUGCAGGACAACGACUCCGGUGAUGUUAAAGACUUCUACGAGUGCCGUGGUGGGCAAGGCCUUAGGUAUUGGGGCGCUCUGCAGGAGGCCUGGGAUGGUCCCGCAUUGGUGGCCUUCUGCGACGGUGAGUACAUGGGUGCAACCUUAGACCGAAACGGCCUUCGCCCUGCUCGCUACUUUCAGUUGCACGAUGGCACCUGUGUGGUGAGCUCCGAAACUGGCAUAUUGGAGAAGAACCUUUUUCCACCAGACAUGUUCAAAUCCAAAGGGCGCUUGGGCCCGGGAAAGAUGGUCGCCAUCGAUCUGCACACAGGUGAGCUGAUCGAGAAUGAGGCGGUGAAGCAAAAGAUGGCCUCCAAGAAGCCUUAUGGUGAUUGGAACAAGGUCUUCAGGGAAGAGAUGGACUUGGAGCCCUUCUUGUCCAAAGAUCAUGAUUUAGUGGUGCCCAAGGCCAUGGAAGACAACUUGAUGACCUUGCUUUUCGACAUGGGCUACACGAUCGAGGAUGUAGAGAUGGUGGUGGAGUCCAUGGCACAGACGGGCAGAGAGCCCACCUUCUGUAUGGGCAAUGACAAGCCCUUGGCGGUGCUUUCGGACCGCGCUCAUGUGCUCUACGACUAUUUCACCCAGCGAUUCGCCCAGGUGACCAAUCCGGCCAUCGACCCUUAUCGGGAAUCUCUGGUGAUGUCCAUCAACGUUUAUCUGGGCCGGCAAGGCAACUUGAUGGCUGAGAGCCCGACCUACUUUCAGAACAAGGCCAACAAUCGAUUAGUCAAGAUCGACUCGCCGUUUCUGAAUGAGAGGCAGCUUUAUGCCAUCAAAAACAGUGGCCUUCUGACCGUCCAGCUGAGCACGCGCUAUGACCACAGCAAAGGUCCAGGUGCAUUAGAAAAAGCCGUCUCAGACAUUUGCUCCUUGGCUGCGCUAGGCUACGAGGCCUCCAACGCCAUCCGCAACGGGGCGGAGCUCAUCAUCAUCUCCGAUGUGCCGCGGAACUCAGAUUUCUUGAGCAACUUCGAUGUGGAAGAUCCUGACAUCGGCCUGGAGCGUUCCGUCUUAGCGAUUCCACCACUCUUGGCGGUGGGUGCCAUCCAUCACUACCUCAUCCAGCAGGGCUUGAGGACUCAAGCUUCUUUGGUGGUGAGUACCGGCCAGUGCUGGAGCACUCAUCACUUCGCCUGCCUCAUCGGCUACGGCGCCAGUGCUGUGUGCCCCUACCUGGCGCUGGCGCACAUCCGCAAGUGGCAUGCCACUGACAAGGGUGCUGCCAAGGCAGAUGGGCAGACGGUGGAGGAGGUGCAGCGGAACUACAAGGAUGCCGUGAAUGCUGGGCUGAAGAAGAUCAUGUCCAAGAUGGGCAUCACAGUCUUGGAGUCCUAUCGAGGGGCGCAGAUUUUCCAAUGCAUUGGCUUGGACAAGAAGGCCUCCAAACUGGGAAUCGGGAAGAGGUGGUGGGUCUUCUUGGGCGCGGAAGGCUCCCUAUUUUCUGCUGGCUUUGGGUGGGUGGUGGUUCUUCAAGAUGAGAAGCAGUCCAACCAGCGUGGCCAUGCCCUCAAAUGGCCCUCACCGCCAUUGAGCUUUAAGCGCUUCUGCACUUCUGCCGUGCCGGUGCCGGUGCAUGGAGAAUCUGAAGUCAUUCGAAGACCCCAGAAUGCCUUGAGCUUCACCGACAUCGCCAACGAGUCGAUGAUGUUCCACCGGAGGGCCUUCCCCGAGCUGGAGGAGAAGGCGGAAAAAUUGGAGUUCGCCGGCUGGUACAAGUAUAUCAAGGCCAAGGGCGAGUUCCAUAUGAACAACCCCGAGAUGUCCCGUGCUUUGCACAAAGCUGUACGCAACAAUGAGCCCUUGCAAUACGAGGAGUGCCACACAUUGCGCCGCGAGUAUCGGCGUCAGAUCAUGGACGGGCGACCGAUCACGGCCAUCCGAGAUCUCCUGGAGUUCGCCUCAGACCGGCAACCCGUGCCGCUCUCGGAAGUGGAGGACGCGGUGUCCAUUUGCAGCCGCUUCGUCACCGGCGGCAUGUCCUUGGGCGCCCUGUCCAGAGAAGCCCAUGAAGUGAUCGCUGUCGGCAUGAACCGCAUUGGAGGGAUGAGCAACAGCGGCGAAGGUGGAGAAGAUCCUCUUCGUUACCAUCCCAUCAAGGAUGUGGACGAGGAAGGGCACUCGGCAUCUUUUCCACACUUGCAGGGCUUGCGCAACGGGGACUCUGCGGCCUCGGCGACCAAGCAGGUGGCCUCGGGACGUUUUGGCGUCACGGCCGCCUACCUCAGAAGUGCCAAACAGUUGGAGAUCAAGAUUGCGCAAGGUGCUAAGCCUGGCGAGGGUGGGCAAUUGCCAGGUGCCAAGGUGGAUGACUACAUUGCCCGUUUGCGCAACAGCGUGCCAGGUGUGGAGCUCAUCUCACCACCACCCCAUCAUGACAUCUACUCCAUCGAGGACCUGGCGCAGCUGAUUUUCGACUUGCAUCAGGUGAGUCCGGAGGCCAAGGUCUCGGUCAAGCUGGUGGCCAGCGCCGGCAUCGGCACCAUUGCCGCCGGCGUGGCCAAGGCGAAUGCCGACGUGAUUCAAAUCUCUGGGCAUGAUGGUGGCACUGGGGCCUCGCCCUUGAGCAGCAUUAUGCAUGCUGGUAGCCCCUGGGAACAAGGCCUUUGCGAGGUUCAAGAGGUCUUGGUGGAGAACAGCCUUCGAGAGCGGGUCACCUUGAGAGUGGAUGGUGGCAUCAAGACUGGCUGGGACAUCGUGGUAGCAGCCAUGAUGGGUGCAGAAGAGUACGGCUUUGGCAGCGUGGCCAUGAUCGCAGAGGGCUGCAUCAUGGCGAGGGUUUGCCACAUGAACCGCUGUCCGGUGGGUGUGGCGACACAGCGGGAGGAUCUCAGAAAGAAGUUUCCCGGCACGCCCGACCACAUCGCAAACUUCAUGCUUUUCGUUGCUGAAGAGGUGCGCACAAUCAUCGCAGCCCUGGGCAGCUUGGAAGAUCAAGGAUGCUCGAAAUGGGAAACUGAGGAAGGCUACCGUUCUCUGGCCAAGAUCAUCGGCCGCGCCGACCUCUUGCGCCCCCGUGUGGAGGGCUCGGUGCGCACCAGCGUGCCGCAGCCAGCGGUGGCAGCGGUGGCCUCGCAACCGCCUAAGACGCGGAAACCCAAGAAGACCGCAGCCGUGGAUCUCUCGAGUUUCUACGCGGAGGAAAGGCCCAAUGAAGAGCACCGGCUCAGCUGGGUCGACGUGAAGAGAAGCAGCGCAGCACAUAGCAAUGGGCCAGUGCUGGACGAUGACAUUCUGGAAGUUUCCAAAGUGGCCAAGGUCAUUGAAGAGAACAGUGGCAAAGUGGAGAUGUCGAUGGACAUCCAGAACACUAACAGAGCCUUAGGCGGACGCAUAGCAGGCACGAUCGCGUCCAAGUAUGGUGACCACGGGUUUAAGGGUGAGAUCCACUUGAACUUCACCGGCUCGGCCGGUCAGUCCUUCGGCGCUUGGAACACCAGUGGUGUGCUCCUUCAGGCGGAGACGGAGGGAGGGGUCACAGGGGACUGCAACGACUAUGUGGGGAAGGGCAUGAAUGGCGGGACCAUCGUGGCCAUUGCGCCACCCGAGAGCUCCUUCCCCUCACAGGAGAGCACGGAGCACGGACUUCCAGUCUUCUUCAACGGCCGCGUGGGGGAGCGCUUCGGAGUGCGCAACGCUGGAUGCCGCGCCGUGAUCGAAGGCGCUGGAGAUCAUUUGGGAGAGCGGCUUGGGCGACCGUCCGUGAAACGGGGUGGAAAACGGCCUGUCGCGGAGGCUGGAUGCAUCGGGACAGGUGAGGAGACCGGUGUGACAAGAUGUUUCAAGAAUGCGACCGCUGACGAAGGGAAGAAGGACCGUCAGACCCAGUGGUCCAGAUUCUGCCAAUGGCGGCCAGAUCUGGUUUUGCGUCCAAGGUAUAUGACCAAUGGUGUCAUUGUGGCCUUGGGCCGUGUUGGCCGGAACGUCGCAGCGGGCAUGAGCGGUGGGCUGCUCUACAUCUACGAGGAGCGCAUGGGAGGAAGAGAAGGUGCGGCAUCGAGACCGCGUGCUAAGGGAUUGGGAGGGGAGCGGAUGGACCUGAACGCGGACAACGCGCGGAACGUCUUUCGUGUCACCUCCGAAGCUGGAGAGAAGCAGCUCAAGGAGCUCGUCGAGAAACAUCAUGAACUGACUGGCAGUAAGCGAGCGGCUGAGAUCUUGGAGGAUGUGAAGGCGGCACAUCGACUCCGAGAAAGCUUUUCGGCAGCCACUGCGGUGGUGAAAGCAGAACCGCCCGUCAAGCGAAACCGAAAGCGAUCGUGCUACGCGCCGCCGCGGCAAUCCAACUUCCGCGUCAGCGCGGUGUUGCGCUUCACGCGCGCCGACGGCAGCGGGGGGGACCCUGGAGGCGGGGGCACCGAGCCGGCUGUGAACGCCGAACCUCACGAUGCCAACAUCCGUGGUGCGAUUUGCGCCGAACGCGCGGCCAUGUGCCUCUUUCAGAAGACCGAGGGCAACGGCGCGGAGAUCCGUCGCGUCGUGUGCGCGACGGACUGCAAGGAUCCCAUCUACCCGGGCCCUCUUUGCCGGGAAUUCUUGACCUCCAGCUGCGGACCAGAGGUUGAGAUCGUGGCCACCGGCUCCGACGGAAAUUGGGUCGUGCAACCCUUGAGGGAGCUCUUCCGGAUGCCAUCGCCGUACCGCGGCCUGGCACAGCAGGAGGCCAAAGCCAAGGCCUCGGCCUUGGGUGGCCAGGUGAAGCCGCCGGAGGACGCGCUGGCCGCAAAGGUCUACCAGGCAGCUUUCGCUUUGGCACGAAAGCAAGAGCCUCAGACGGUAGUUUAUCCCAUCACCUUCGCUGCCGCCGUGGGCUUCGAGGACGGCGAGGUCGCCUUUGCCGCGGAGCUGAAGGGCAUCGAGUACGGCUGCACUGUGGAUGCAGCCUCCCUUCUCAUCCCCGAGCUUCAGCGGCGUCGUGGACACUCUGACACCUCGCGGGCGAGGGUGCUCAUGCAGGUGGACAACUUUGGAGUGGCACACGCACCUUUUUCUGGAGCGCGGAGUUUGCUCGUCGAGCACGGCUUUGGCGACGUGCUCGUGACGGCGCAUGGUGAUGAUGGGCAAUGGCUGGAGCCCAUCAAGGUGAAAGAGUCCCUGCCACAUGCUGACUUCCUCUCCAUCUUUUGA